AUGUCUUCUUUCGAUAUCGAAGACAAUCAUAAUCAAAUUGGUUAUUCUUCCAUGGCAAUGCCAAACGUGAUGCGCGAAAUUCCUAUAAACUCCGUUGGGGAAGGUUUAGAAGGCGACGACCAGAUGCAAUAUCAAGAUUACAAUCAAGAUUAUAAUCAAGAUUUUAAUCAAGAAUACACUGAAGAUAAUUUAGAAGGUUAUGUAGAAGAUCCCGAUUCACAACCAGAUAUUUCUCAAGAAGAUUGUUGGACGGUGAUAUCUUCUUUUUUUCAUGAUAAAGGACUCGUUCGACAACAACUUGAUUCAUUUGAUGAAUUCGUACAAAAUACUAUGCAAGAGAUUGUAGAUGAAAAUAAGAAUCUUGUCUUACAAACUGUGUCCGGAACUCAGGGUGGGGAUGUUUAUCUUUCUAAACCCACCAUGACUGAAGCAGAUGAGGAAACAUUAACCGCCGAUCCUCGAUUACCCGAGAAUCAAAUAAAAACAACAUUAAAUGAAAUGUUUGAUGAGAACUCUUUGGAAUAUGAUCCGGAAGAAAAAUCCUAUGAUAAAGUUUUUGUCGGAAAGAUCCCAGUCAUGUUGAAAUCCACAUUUUGUGUGUUGAAUGGUUUAAAUGAUAAAAGUCUUUAUGCUUUAAAUGAAUGUCCUUAUGAUCAGGGUGGUUAUUUUAUUAUCAAUGGUUCUGAAAAAGUUUUAAUUGCACAAGAAAGAAUGGCAACAAAUACAGUUUACGUAUUCGUGAAAGCACCUCCCUCACCUUAUUCUUACACUGCUGAAAUUAGGAGUGCUAUGGAAAAAGGAUCUAAAAUAGCGAGUUCAUUAGUGGUUAAACUUUUAGCAAAAACUGCUGAAAAGGGGGCAACUGGUCAAUCUAUUCAAGCAAAUAUUCCUUAUAUCAAAAAAGAUGUUCCAAUAGUGAUUGCGUUUCGUGCUUUAGGUGCUGUCUCAGAUCAUGAUUUUCUACAAUAUGUUUGUUACGAUCCAAACGAUUAUCAAAUGUUAGAAGCUUUAAAACCAUGUAUUGAGGAAGCAUUUGCAAUUCAAAGCUCUGAUAAUGCUUCAGAUUGGAUUGGACGUAGAGGUACAACCACUGGUGCAACAAGAGAUAAACGUAUAAAAUAUGCAAAAGAAAUUCUACAAAAAGAAUUAUUACCUCAUGUUUCUAUUGAAUAUGGAUGCGAAAAACGUAAAGCAUUCUUUCUUGGGUACAUGGUACAUAGAUUAUUACUUGCUUCUCUGGGACGUAGAGAAUUAGAUGAUCGUGAUCAUUAUGGAAAGAAAAGGAUGGAUUUAGCGGGUCCUUUAUUAGCAUCACUGUUUCGUAUGUUAUUCAAAAAACUCACUAAAGAUGUCUCGGCAUAUUUAAGAAAGUGUAUAGAUUCAAAUCGGGAAUUUAAUUUAAAUUUGGCUAUUAAAGCACAAACUAUCACAAAUGGUUUAAAAUAUUCACUUGCAACUGUAUCUCAAGUUCUUAAUCGAUAUACAUUCGCUUCAACCUUAUCACAUCUUAGAAGAUGUAAUACUCCAAUGGGAAGAGAUGGGAAAAUAGCCAAACCUCGUCAAUUACAUAAUACUCAUUGGGGAAUGGUGUGUCCAGCUGAAACUCCAGAAGGUCAAGCUUGUGGUCUUGUUAAAAAUCUUUCUUUAAUGUCUUAUAUAUCUGUAGGAAGUCCUUCAAAACCUAUUAUAGAUUUCUUGGAAGAAUAUGGCAUGAUUAAUUUAAAUCAACAAUUUGAUCCUGCAAAUAUAAAAGACAAUGCUAAAGUUUUCGUUAAUGGUAAAUGGGCGGGAAUUUCUACAACCCCAGAACAAUUAGCUCAUACUUUAAAAGGUUUAAGAAGGACUGUUGAUGUGAGUCCCGAAGUAAGUGUGGUUAGAGAUAUUCGUGAAAAGGAAUUAAGGAUAUACACAGAUGCUGGUAGAGUUUGUAGACCUUUAUUCAUUGUAGAAAAUGGUCGCUUAAAAAUAACAAAAGCUCACGUUCAAAGAUUGGAUGUUAAUAAGCUUGAAGAAUUAGAUGAAUCCGGAAAGAGGAAGAGGAAGCGAAGAAGAGAUUCAUUUGAAUGGACUAAUUUAAUUUCGAAUAGUGUUAUAGAAUAUAUAGACGCUGAAGAGGAGGAAACAGUGAUGAUAUGUAUGACGCCCGAAGAUUUAACAGCUGCUAGAAGAUUUCAAGAAACAGGAAUAAAACGACAAGAUAAAAUACAUGAAAGGGAUAUUGCUGCACGUGUUAAAAGUGAUUCGGCAUUAAAGAUAACUACGUUUACACAUUGCGAAAUACAUCCGAGUAUGAUACUUGGAAUUUGUGCCAGUAUAAUUCCAUUUCCUGAUCACAAUCAAUCUCCACGUAAUACUUAUCAAUCCGCUAUGGGUAAACAAGCUAUGGGUAUUUACGUAACUAAUUAUCAAUUAAGAAUGGACACUUUAGCAAAUAUUUUGUAUUAUCCACAAAAACCUUUGGUGACUACAAGGUCUAUGGAAUUUUUAAGAUUUCGUGAAUUGCCAGCUGGACAAAAUGCUAUUGUGGCAAUUCUUUGUUAUAGUGGAUAUAAUCAGGAAGAUUCUGUUAUUAUGAAUCAAAGUAGUAUUGAUAGAGGAUUAUUCAGAAGUAUUUUUUAUAGAAGUUACAUGGAUCAAGAAAAGAAAGUGGGAAUGUUAACUAUUGAAGAAUUUGAAAAACCCUCAAGAGAAACUUGCCUCCGUCUUAAACACGGAACAUAUGAAAAAUUAGAAGAUGAUGGUCUAAUUGCUCCCGGUACGCGAGUAUCUGGAGAUGAUAUAAUUAUUGGAAAAGUCACACCAAUUACUAGUGAUACUGUUGAACUUGGUCAAAGAUUAUCUUCUCACACAAGGAGAGAUGCUUCAACACCUAUGAGAAGUACUGAAAAUGGUAUCGUUGAUCAAGUAAUGGUGACAACGAAUGCGGAAGGAAUGAAGUUUGUUAAAGUUAGGGUUAGAAGUACAAGAAUACCUCAAAUGGGAGAUAAAUUUGCUAGUAGACAUGGUCAGAAAGGUACUAUUGGUAUUACUUAUCGACAGGAAGAUAUGCCAUUUACUGCCGAAGGAAUUGCACCAGAUCUAAUUAUUAAUCCUCACGCAAUUCCGAGUCGUAUGACAAUUGGACAUUUAAUAGAAUGUUUAUUGGGAAAGGUUUCAACUAAAACUGGUAAUGAAGGUGAUGCUACUCCAUUCACUGAUGUAACCGUUGAGGCCAUUUCCCAAAGUUUACGAAAUGUAGGAUAUCAAUCUCGGGGAUUUGAAGUUAUGUAUAAUGGUCAUACGGGACGUAAGUUGGCUGCAUCUAUUUUCUUGGGACCAACUUAUUAUCAACGUCUAAAACAUAUGGUAGAUGAUAAAAUUCAUUCUCGCGCCAGAGGUCCGGUACAAAUUCUCACACGACAGCCUGUUGAGGGUCGUAGUCGAGAUGGUGGAUUACGUUUCGGUGAAAUGGAACGUGAUUGUAUGAUAUCUCAUGGUGUUUCCAUGUUUUUGAAGGAACGAUUAUUUGAUGCAUCAGAUGCGUAUCGUAUUCAUGUAUGUGAUAUAUGUGGUCUAAUGGCGAUUGCAAACCUCAAAAAGAAUACAUUUGAGU